AUGCGCAGCCGACGAGUUUUCUUCAGAGGAUCCAUGUGCUUCGUCUUCGUUGUUGCAUCAUUUGGAUAUUUUGGGUGGAAGGCCACGUUUCGAUCCAAAACCGUCAGUUAUUCUGUUGAUAUGUUGAAAGUGCCGAUUGAACUAGACAGUCCUUUCGAGCAAGGACUCGAGCGCUCCCCGCACGUUGAAGAAAACAAGUCAAGUUUAAUUGCCAAGACAAAUCUGACCGUCGCCUCUUUUUCCUACGAACAUCACAGGCAAUACGAUAAUCUGGCCUCUGCACACGCUAAUAAACAUCAUACAACUCUGAUUACAACAAGUAUUUGUUUGAAAGACUACUUCCUGCUUAUUCUGGUCUCUUCUGCUCCAUCUAACGUCGGAAGGAGGAGAGGCAUCCGUUUAACUUGGGGGGCUGAGAAUUCUACGAAACCUUGGUGGAAGACAUAUUUUCUUGUUGCUCAAACGCGAGACCGCAACCUGUCGGAAUCGCUGCUACACGAAGGUGACGCCUUCGGAGAUCUUAUUCGAGCAGAUUACUUUGACGAUUAUUGGAAUCAAACCCUAAAGAUACAAAUGGGUUUUGAAUGGGCUUCCAGAUAUUGUAAUUUCUCUUUUCUUCUAAAAGUAGAUGACGAUGUUUUUGUGAACAUGAGCGCUUUACUUUCCAAUUUAACUAAUCCUAGCAUGCCUAAAUAUAAAUUGUACAUGGGAUUGCUCUGGCAAAAACUUCCAGUGAGAAGAUAUAAAGGAGACAAAUGGGAAGUGACCAAAGAAGAGUAUGAACCCGACUUCUACCCCGAUUACUGCCCAGGGUUUGGAUUUGUCCUCUCCUUCGAUGUAGUCCAUUCGUUUGUAAACUUAUAUCAAGUUGUAAAGCCGUUUAAAAUUGACGAUGUUUACGUUGGAAUGCUUGCGGAAAGAGCCGGUGUACGUGGGACAAAUAACUACGGGUUUCGAUUGUAUCUUCCCUGGCCUGACGAUCCUUGUAACUUUGACAAUCAAAGUGCAAUCGUAUGGCAUGGUGUCACAGAAGAAUGUGUAUUCCAACUUUUUCACUCUGCUGCGCACCACUGA